UGGAAGUGUUUCAUUCUUCAGUACUGGUUUCAGUACUGAGAGCAAAUGAAGGGGUUAAUCCUGGACUUGGCUGGGUGUCAGUGAAACUUUUUUUCUGGCUCUGCUCCGGGUUUCCCCUUGAAGGGAUUUCCCUCCGCCUCUGUGUCUCUGCAACAAGACCCUUUAUAAAGAGCAGACUUUCCAUUUCACUCCUCACUGAGCCUCCCUGGCUUUAGGGGCUAAAGUUUCUUCCAGGACACUUUCAGGUGGGACAGAAAGAAAGGUUUGGGGACUACUCUGUUCUCAUCACAGCAGCAACUAGAAGUGCCUAGGAAGAUGGUCGUGAUCUUUGGAGCCUCAAAUGUACUUUGGAUGAUGUUUGCAGUUUCUCAAGCUUUUAAAAUGGAGAUCUUCCCUGAAAACAGAGUUGUUGCUCAGAUUGGUGAUGUCAUUUCACUGACUUGCAGUACAACGGGCUGUGAGCCCCCAUCUUUCUCUUGGAGAACUCAAAUAGACAGUCCGCUGAAUGGGAAGGUGAGAAAUGAGGGGACCAAUUCCACGUUGACCAUGGAUCCUGUUAGUUUCAACAAUGAACAUGCUUACGUGUGCACAGCGACUUGUGGAUCUAAGAAACUGGAAAAAGGAAUUCAGGUGGAGAUUUAUUCUUUCCCUAAGGACCCAGAGAUCCAUCUGAGUGACCCCCUAGAACUGGAGAAGCCAGUCACUGUCACAUGUUUGGUCCCCGAUGUUUACCCAUUUGACAGGCUGGAGAUAAAUCUGCUGAAGGGCAAUGAUCUCCUAAAGAAUAAGGAAUUUCUAGAGCCUAUGGAGGGGAAGUCCCUGGAGACCAAGAGUUUGGAGGCAACCUUCAUUCCUACCAAAGAGGAUAUUGGGAAAGCUCUUGUUUGCCGAGCAAAAUUAAACAUUGAUGAAAUUGACUUUGAGCCCAAAGAAAGGGAGACUACAAAAAAACUACAAGUCUACAUCUCACCCAAGAACACAGUUAUCUCUGCAAACCCCUCCACGAGGCUGCAAGAAGGUGGUUCUGUGACAAUGACAUGUUCCAGUGAGGGUCUCCCAGCCCCACAGAUUUUCUGGAGCAAAAAAUUAGAUAAUGGGAAUCUACAGCUCCUUUCUGGGAACACAACUCUGACUUUAAUUGCUAUGAGGAUAGAAGAUUCUGGAAUUUAUGUGUGUGAAGGAGUCAAUCAGGUCGGGAAAGAUGGAAAAGAGGUGGAAUUAAUUGUUCAAGAGAAACCAUUCACUGUUGAGAUCUCCCCCGGACCCCAGGUUAUUGCUCAGAUUGGCGACUCAGUUGUGUUGACAUGUGGUGUCACAGGCUGUGAGUCCCCCUCUUUCUCUUGGAGAACACAGAUAGAUAGCCCUCUGAGUGGGCAGGUGAAGACUGAAGGGACCAAAUCCACGCUGACCCUGAGCCCUGUGAAUUUUGAGAAUGAACAUUCUUACCUGUGCACUGUGACCUGUGGCCAUAAGAAACUGGAAAAGAGAAUUAGUGUGGACCUCUACUCAUUCCCUAGAGAUCCAGAGAUCGAGAUGAGUGGUCUACUAGUGAGUGGAAACCCAGUCACUGUGAGCUGCGAGGUUCCUAGUGUGUAUCCUUCUGACCGGCUGGAGAUUGAAUUAUUUAAGGGGGAGAGUAUCAUAGAGAGUAAAACCUUUCUGGAAGACAUGGACAAGAAAUCUCUGGAGACUAAGAGUUUGGAAAUGACCUUCAUCCCCACCACUGAAGAUGCUGGAAAAGUUCUUGUUUGUCUGGCUCAUUUACAUGUUGGUGAAAUGGAAUUUGAACCCAAACAAAGGCAGAGUACACAGACGCUUUAUGUUAACGUUGCCCCCAGGGAUACAACCAUCUUGGUCAGCCCCUCCUCCAUCCUGGAGGAAGGUAGUUCUGUGAAUAUGACGUGCUUUAGCAAUGGCCUUCCAGCUCCGGAAAUCCUGUGGAGCAGGCAGCUAAAUAAUGGGCAUCUACAGCCUCUUUCUGAGAAUUCAACUCUCACCUUAACUUCUACAAAAAUGGAAGAUUCUGGUAUUUAUGUGUGUGAAGGGAUUAACCAGGCUGGAAUAAGCAGAAAAGAAGUAGAAUUAAUUAUCCAAGUUGCUCCGAAAGACAUACAACUUAUAGCUUUUCCUUCUAAGAGUGUCAAGGAAGGAGACACUGUCAUUAUCUCCUGUACAUGUGGAAAUGUUCCAAAAACUUGGAUAAUCCUGAAGAAAAAAGCAGAGACGGGAGACACAGUGCUGAAGUCCAGAGAUGGUGCAUAUACCAUUCACAAGGUCCAGUUAGAGGAUGCGGGAGUGUACGAAUGUGAAUCCAAAAAUGAGGUUGGCUUGCAAUUGAGAAGUUUAACCCUCGAUGUUAAAGGAAGAGAAAAUAACAAGGACUAUUUUUCUCCUGAACUUCUCGUGCUCUAUUGUGCAUCUUCCUUAAUAAUACCAGCCAUUGGAAUGAUCAUUUACUUUGCUAGAAGAGCCAACAUGAAAGGGUCAUACAGUCUCGUAGAAGCACAGAAAUCGAAAGUGUAGCUAAUGUUUGAAAUGUUCAGCUAGAGACACUAUUUAUCCAUCCAAAUUCUUAAUACUGCUCAUCAUUCCAUGAGGAAAACCAGCUAAGAGUACAGACUUCCCCGAAUGUAGUGAAUUCUUGGAAAGAAAUGGCUUCCUAUGCCCCAUGCUGGGAGCAAGAGGCCAAAGGAAAACUUUCUGCCUGAAAAAUAGGCACUACCAUUGAGAUGUGUUGACUAGAGUAGUUCCUUGAUGUGUAUAUACAAUAACAUGAUCUGUACAUAUGUAAAAUAAAAUUAUGUCAUAGCAAGAUCACUUGGAAUAGCAGCACUCUAUAGUCAGAUCUUCAAAAUAAUUCAACAGUGUUGCCUCGGCUGAUAUAACUGAAUGCAUCUUAAGAAAAUGUAACAUUAAUAUUGACUGGCAGCUAACCUAUGUCAUCUUUUUAAUAUUUUAUUUUCUUUAACAAAAUUUUAUUUCUAUAAAGUUCAUUGACAAUAAUUUCAUGUUUUAUAUAGAUGCUAAGGUUUAUCUUUUUAUAGGAAAAUGAUAAACCAAGAGGGCACUGGGUUCACCUUCAGGUACUAAACACUUCAACCUAUGGUAAAAUGGUUGACUGGAUUUCUCUGGGUGGUACUUACAUGGUACGGAGAUGUUUUAUGUUGUUGUUUAUCAGACUCUUUUGUAACUUUUCCAAUGUGGUCUAAAAAUGCAACUUCUUUUGAUUUUCUUUUGUCAAUGUUUAGGGGUUUUUUUGUAUAGUAAAGUGAUAAUAUCUGGAAUUGGAAGAAUUGUGUGUCUAUUUAUUGUAAGCUGCCUCCUCUCAUUGUGGUGUUUGAAAUGCCAAGUUCCAAAAGUAAAGAGUUCAAACCCAUAGAAAUAAUAAGCAGAUACCUG